AUGCAGUCUGCACUUCGUGACCAUUGGAAGUCCUUGCCUAUAGACAAGUAUGAUGGUACCACCGACCCAGAUGAGCACGUCGACGUAUUCUUAACUCAAGUUACUCUAAGCACUACUGAUGAGGCCGCCUUGUGCCGAAUCUUCCCAACAUCACUAAAAGGGCGAGCACUGAGUUGGUUAACUCGGCUUCCUGCUAAUUCUGUUGACUCGUUCAACACAUUAGCCUCCCAGUUCACCAUUCAAUUCGCUACAAGCCGGCCUCACCAGUUGACCUCUUUGGCACUAGUUAGCAUCUGUCAGGAGAAAAAGGAGUCCCUUCGGGCGUUCAUGAGCCGAUUCAACAAGGCGGCGCUUGAAAUCCGAGACCUGAACCCUGCUGUAGCUCUGCACCACCUUACCACCGCCUUGAAACCAGGGCCUUUUGCCAACAACAUUUGUAAGAAACCCCUUACUAACAUGGAUGAUUUGCGUCGGCGAGCUGACAAAUACAUGCAGAUGGAAGAAUUGGCUGAGUUCCGGAACCAAGCCCAGGCGGAGGUGUCGGCAAAACUUGACAAGCCGGACGAGACUAAUUUUCGGAGUCGUUUGAAAGAGCUGAUUCCUCGCGAGAAGCCUCCUUGCGGGCCGAGAUACUCAUAA